ACUUCCGGGCACAGACCUCGGUUCACGUAACGUAAACCUUGCACAUGUAUGCGUACCGUAGAGCUGAGUCAGUCGAACAUCGAGAGGACAGAGCCGUAAUUUGCACCAAAAAACGAAAUAAUGUCUGCGUUUCGUCAAGUUAUUACUUCUGCAAGCAGGAAUUUCCUGGUAUCCACCGCCAGGAAUGCUCUGACUGUCCCUUCCAUGACAAGAUGUCUUGCAACAGGAGCCUAUGAGAACAUCAUUGUGGAUCACGUUGGUGAGAAUAAGAAUGUUGGGUUGAUCAAGUUGAACCGACCCAAGGCUCUGAAUGCUCUUAAAGAUGAUCUGAUGAAGGAAGUGGCACAGGCUCUGGAUGUCUUCGAGGAAGAUGCCAGCGUAGGGGCCAUCGUGUUGACAGGAAGUGAGAAAGCGUUUGCUGCUGGAGCCGAUAUCAAGGAGAUGUCUUCUAAGACCUUCCAGCAGACGAUUGGAGGUAACUUCUUAGAAUCCUGGAGCAGACUUUCAAAAGCCAAGAAGCCAACAAUUGCAGCUGUCCAUGGUUUUGCGCUUGGUGGAGGAUGCGAGGUUGCAAUGAUGUGCGACAUCAUCUACGCAGGAGAGAAGGCAUCGUUUGGUCAACCAGAAAUUCUCCUUGGUCUCAUUCCCGGUGCUGGUGGAACCCAGAGGUUACCCAGGGCUGUAGGGAAGUCCCUGGCUAUGGAGAUGGUUCUUAGUGGUGACAGAAUAAACGCUCAACAAGCUUUACAAGCAGGUCUGGUUAGCAAGAUCUACCCUACCGAAGAGCUCUUGGAUAAGGCCAUUGCUUUGGGCGAGAAGAUCAGCAAGAAUUCUAAACUCAUCAACUCUCUAUGUAAAGAGGCUGUCAACACAAGCUAUGAACUAACCCUCAAUGAAGGCAUGCACUUUGAGAAGAGGCUCUUCCAUGCAUGCUUUGGAACGGAGGAUGCGAGGGAAGGAAUGGGUGCAUUCGUAGAAAAGAGACCAGCCAACUUCAAGGACAACUGAUCCAUCCAUUUAUCUUUAAAUUCUGCUGUGGUGUUGCCUACUCUCGUCAUAUCAGUACGUGUCGUCAAUCCCAAAGUUUGUUCAUGCAUACUUCUAUGAAGUGCGAAAGUCUAACUUACAAAUAUCAGACUAUGGUGGAGGUACUACUGAGACAUGGGUGCUGUAACACAAAGGUUAGCAAUUGAUCGUACGCUUGAUAUUCACGAUUGAUUGUACAUUGUAGUCUAUGCAAUCAAUCGUAAAAAAAGUAUUUUACAAUGAUUGCUAUGCUUUGUGUUAUGUGCCCAAGGUCUUGACACCAGGGGAGUGUUACAUGAAGUAAAUAUUCAGUGGUUUUCACUGUAAAUUGAGCUUAGCCAAUCAGGUGCAAGUAUUUCAGUAGCUUUUAACAGUUUUUCAGUGAAAGUCACCAUUACUUUCAUGAAAUGCAUCCCUAUGGAUGAAAGAGGGAUAUGUGGCAUGAAUACCUCUGCAGUUCCAGGAUGCACAAAUACUAUUUUUCUUUUUGUGAUGCUGAAUUUUUCAAUUGAGCAUGAAAUCAAGCACAGAUAAUGUGAUUUAUGAAAAAUUGGAAUUGAUCUGGGUUCAUGGUUUUACUUUCAAGAUUCUGGUAUUAAGUUUAAGGUAUCUUGUCCUCUCGUCAAGGGACUCCUCUUGUGUGCUAAGCAUCAUUAAUUUUUUUUCUUAUAAAGUUGGUCAUCUUUGGUCUAAAAUCACUGGAAUCAUAUUGUCUAAUUAUUUCUAGCACAUUGAUUACAUUUGCAUUCAAAGUUAUAAUUCAUAAGUUUCUUUUCUUAUCACAUGAAUUCCGGUUAUAAGGCUUUUAAAAAUAUAUAUUUUCUUAUCUUUUCCAAUUACCAUGUGCCAUUUAAAAUAAAGAGAUAUUUAUGUUUUAUACAAGAGAUGUUCUAUUUGCAAUAAGAAAGGGUUCCUUAUUCUGUAAAAUCUGUAUGAAUGUAUUCACAUCAUUAUUAGUGACUUCUAACAUAAAAGGUGAUGACCAAACAAAAAAUGUUUGAUCUCUACAGUGUGACCAAAAGAAAGAAGCAAACACACAAAGUUAGAGAAUAAAUGCAGAAGUCAAAAGUUUAUUGCUGUAAAUUUGAUUCAAGGCUAUAUAACAAUCAAGGUGAAAUAUAUUGUACUACGAUCAUUGAUUAAAUCUGAAAUUAAAUUUCAUCACA